AUGCUCAAGAACAAUAAUCAUACUUUAGGCAAGAAGAAUAAGACAUUAUCGGCCAAUCAAUGGCAAUUAUCUUCGAGUACCCAAAUUCCAGAUGAGCUGAAGGCUUUUGACGCUGAACUUGCAACUUUUUCACACAAGUAUGGUAUCAUUGCAGAGAUGUUCCCACCCACACACCGCAUCCUCAAACUUCCUGUGCCAAAUCCUCCAUCUGCCAUCCUAUCUGGGAGUCACUAUGCAACCAAGAGCGCAGAAGAACUCUGCCUCAUAACAGAGCUGUACUCACUUCUCCCAGAUCAUCUCCAUCACUUUGUACCGACUACUCAUUUCCAAUCAUUGCUGGGACACCAUCUUCAAGGCGGUCGCUCAAGUGAGAUUGGCAAGUUGCGAGUGAUGGCAGGGCAUAUUUUUGAUCUUGAUUCUUCCUACUUCGAUACCGGUUUUACAAAGUGA